CGGCUCCCAGUACCACGCCCACCACGUCGGAAACCAUGUCGAACGGACCGCAAGUCAACGAGAGCAGGGGAGGACCGGAUCCGAUCCUGCUCACUCUGUUCGCGAACCGAUUCAUGAGUGUUGCAGAAGCCAUGGGCAGGUCGCUGCAGCAGACCGCCAUCAGCACCAACAUCAAAGAGCGACUUGACUUCUCCUGCGCUCUGUUUGCCCCAGAUGGAGACUUAGUAGCAAACGCGCCGUUCAUCCCCAUUCACUUGGGUUCCAUGAGUUUUGCUGUAAAAUACCAAAUGAAUCUCUACGGGAAGGCGCUGAAGGAAGGAGAUGUAUUGAUGACCAAUUCUCCGCAUGCCGGAGGCUCGCACUUGCCCGAUAUUACCAUCAUCACUCCGGUUUUUGAUACCAAGACCAAGGAGAUCAUAUUCUUUACCGCGUCCCGAGGGCACCAUGCUGACAUCGGAGGUAUUCUCCCCGGGUCCAUGCCCCCGACGUCGACCAACAUCUUCGAGGAAGGCGCGGAGAUAGUAUCCUUGAAGAUCGUGAACGAUGGGGUCUUCGAUCGUGAAGGGCUCGUUGAGUAUAUGGUCGACAGACCUGCAAAGUAUCCUGGAAGCUCCGGCUGCCGGAACAUCAAGGACGUUGAGAGCGACUUGAAGGCCCAAAUCGCCGCUAACCACAAGGGUGUCAAGCUGAUUCAAGCAAUUAUCGACGAUUAUGGUUUGGAGACCGUCCAGGAGUACAUGUUACACAUCCGCAAAAAUGCCGAAAACUCGGUACGGAACUUGCUGAAGGAUGUUGCAAAGCGCGCCGGCACCAAUGUACUGGAAGCCGUGGACUAUCUUGACGAUGGCUCCCCGAUAUGCCUUCGAGUCGAGAUUAACGAGUUCGAUGGGUCCGCCGCGCUCGACUUCAGUGGCACCGGCUGCGAAGUGCGUGGCAACCUCAACGCCCCGAUCUCGGUAGUACAUUCAGCCGUUAUUUACUGUAUGCGGGCGAUGCUUGAUCUCGAUAUACCCCUCAAUGCGGGUUGCCUGGUACCAGUAACCAGCACGUCGAUCAACAUUCCUCAGCGCUCGCUGCUCUCGCCGUCAAGGACGGCAGCCGUCUGUGCUGGGAAUGUACUCACAUCUCAGCGGAUAGUGGAUGUUGUGCUGAAGGCCUUCCACGCCUGCGCGGCUAGCCAAGGAUGCACUAAUAACCUCACCUUCGGUGCUGGCGGAAAGGAUAAGGACGGAAAACAUGUGGUUGGGUGGGGUUACUACGAAACCAUUGCUGGAGGUUCAGGCGCCGGGCCCGGAUGGCACGGUACAUCGGGGGUACAUACCCACAUUACGAACACUCGCAUAGGCGACGUCGAAAUUCUUGAACGACGCUACCCUGUUUUGAUUCAUCAAUUCGGGCUUCGCACUGGGACCGGUGGUCGGGGCAAGUGGCGCGGUGGUGAAGGAGUGGUUCGCGAUAUAGAGAUCCUGGAGCCCAUGCAGGUCUCGAUUCUCUCCGAGCGACGCACGAGGCAGCCAUACGGUAUGGAAGGCGGCGGCCCAGGCGGGAUGGGACGUAAUACUUGGGUAAAGCAGCCUCGGGCCGAGGACGGCGAUUUACCGGAACCGGAGGCUCGCGCCAUGCCGUUACAACCGCGGGAAAUCAAUAUAGGAGGGAAGGCUACGGUGUGGAUGGGCAAAGGUGAUCGACUGGUCAUUGAAACCCCGGGCGGUGGCGCUUGGGGUGUGUCAGAAGGUGAGGAGGAUCGAAUGGACGCGUACCACGGACACAGGCGCGCAUGGGAACCCCGGGGUAGCUUUGCGGAGAGAGCUGCAAGGCAGGCAGAGUUCUGAUCUAUAUGGUGAUAUUGCUCAGCUUUACGGCAAAUUUACGCGAUGCGAUCCAAAUGUAGAAUAAAGAAGUGAGACCUAUUGAUUCCCAAUGGC